UCGUGGAGCCAUGUCUUCUUUUCCAUCGAGAUCAGGAUUCACCAGGAGAUGGAGAUGGAGCCUCCUAAAUCUGCCUGCCGCCGCCGCCGCUGCUGCUGCUGCUGCUGCUCAUCUUGUCUUCGCUGAGCACGAAAAGCUCGGCCAUGUCUGAUGCCAAGAGGAUGCGCAUUAGAGACAAGGUCCGAAAAAUGUUUUACCAUGCUUAUGAAAAUUACAUUGCAUAUGCCUUUCCACAUGAUGAGUUAAAACCUCUUACCAAAUCAUUCACUGACUCCCUCAGUGAACUAGGGAAUCUAAAGCUCGAACAUUUACCUCAUAAUUAUGUAGGAUCAGCGUUAACUCUUAUUGAAUCAUUAUCAAGUCUUGUUGUUUUAGGUAACACAACAGAAUUUGAAAGAGGAGUUUUUUGGCUUUCUGAUAAUCUUACAUUUGAUGUUGAUGCUCGAAUAAAUCUUUUUGAGUGCAACAUAAGAGUUCUUGGAGGGCUUCUUUCUGCGCACAUCUUAGCAACUGAUUCUAAGAACAGAUUGACACCUAGAGCUUACAAUAAUCAGCUACUCAAUCUUGCUGAAGACCUAGGUCAGCGUUUCUUACAUGCCUUUGACUCUCCAACUGGCUUGCCAUAUGCAUGGAUAAAUCUCAAGUAUGGAGUGAUGGAAAAGGAGACAAGUGAAACAAGUACAUCAGGGUGUGGUUCUCUUAUUCUUGAAAUGGGAAUAUUAUCACGAUUAACUGGUGAUACUAGAUAUGAAGCUGCUGCGCUUCGUGCACUCCGUAAGUUAUGGAACAUGAGGAGCUCUUUGAAUCUCUUCGGCACUACUCUUGAUGUGACAACUGGAGAGUGGAUAGAGUAUUCGUCUGGUAUUGGAGCUGGUGUUGAUUCAUUUUAUGAGUAUUUAAUGAAAGCCUACAUUCUUUUUGGAAACGACCAGUUCUGGAACAUGUUUCAUUCAGCAUAUGUUGCCGUGCAGAAGUACUUCCGGCAUGGUCCAUGGUACCAUGAAGCUGAUAUGAGGACAGGAAAAGCUACCUAUUGGCAGUUAACUAGCCUUCAGGCUUUCUGGCCUGGACUUCAGAUUCUUGUAGGAGAUGUUGCCUCUGCCAAUUUAUCGCAUCGAGAAUUUUUCCAUGUAUGGGAGAGGUUUGGUGUGAUACCUGAAAGGUAUCUUCUGGACCGAGGCGUGUUGCAUCCCACUGAAAAAUAUUAUCCUUUGCGCCCUGAACUGGCAGAAUCAACAUUUUACCUUUACCAAGCAACCAAAGAUCCAUGGUACAUGGAAGUAGGUGAAACUAUUGUGAACUCUCUUAAUUAUUACACCAAAGUUGAUGGUGGUUUUGCUAGCAUCAGGGAUGUGACAACAAUGCAAUUAGAAGAUCACCAGCAUAGUUUCUUUCUUUCCGAGAUGUGCAAAUAUCUUUAUCUUCUUUUUGAUGAUACCUUCCUGGCUGAGCAGAGUUAUAUAUUUACUACUGAGGGCCAUCCAUUUCCCAUAAGAAGUGCGUGGCAUGAGAAACUUCCUAAUACGUAUAUCCCAAGCAAUUGGACAUCAGUGAAGGCUGAAAAUCAAGCAAGUCAUGUGAGUGCAUUGACGCUGCAAGUUUGUCCAGCAAUUGAAACCAGCACCCGAGAAAAUAGUGCUCCGGUAGUUGAGAGUGCAUGCCAUGUUCCAGAUAUCCAUGACUAUCACAGGUGUAAAAGAGACGAGGAUUGUGGUGUUGAUUCCACAUCUUGCAGACAAAGAACUUGCAGUAUGGCAGGUUAUUGCGGAUUGUGGUUCUUUAUACCUUGAUGUACUGAUGGAAUGCAAGUCCGCCUAAGAUUAUCUUCAGGGACAGCAAUAUAUGGGUAAAACUAUAUAUGUUGCAUGUAAACAACAAAGUAUUGCAGAUUCAGGAGGACAACUCAGUGAAUAGGAAUGAUGAUAAUGAUUUCGUGUUAAUUUGUGAUUGUACCUUCAUUCGUGUAUAAUGUGCUCAAUUAUCUCACUGUAUUGAAAUUUGCGUAAAAGCUAUAAUGUCGGAAAGCCAUUCAGGCCUUUCAGUAUUAUUGCCAUUCAGUAUUACUGCAAUUCUGAAUUA